CCCUACACGCUGAAUACUUUAGAAAAUGGCUGAAGCCAUGGCAAGUAACCAGGAGAGUUUCUCGUGUUCUAUUUGUUUGGAUCUUCUGAAGGACCCUGUGACUCUCAGCUGUGGACACAGUUAUUGUUUGGGUUGUAUUGAGGACUGCUGGAAUGAGGGAGAUUUGAAGGGAGUUUACAGCUGUCCCCAGUGCAGACAGACUUUCCCUCAAAGACCCGUUUUAAGCACGAAUGUUAUCAUUGCUGAGCUCGUGGAUCAAAUGAGGAAGAGCAGAAUACAAACUGCAGCUCCUGUUGAAUGUGCUGCUGGACCUGGAGAUGUGGCCUGCGACGUCUGCAACGAGAGCAAACUUAAAGCUGUCAAGUCCUGCCUGGAAUGUCUGAAGUCUUUCUGUGACACUCAUUUAAAAACUCACAAUGAACUUCAUGGUAAAUGUCACACCAUGGUUGAUGCCACUGGCCAGCUGCAGGAGAGGAUCUGCCCCCGUCAUAAGAAGGUUAUUGAAAUAUUCUGUCGCACCGACCAGAGUUGCACCUGCUAUCUCUGUACAAUGGACAAUCAUAAAGACCACGACAUGAUCACAGCUGCGGCAGAGUGGAGUCAUAAAAAGGAGGGUUUGGGGCAGAGCCAGAGGAGAUGCCAGCAGAUAAUCCAGUUGAAGGAGAAGGAGCUGCAGGAGCUGAGGAAGGCUGUGGAGACUCUCAAUUCUGGUGCACAGACAGCAGUGGAGGGGAGUGAGAGGAUGUUUACUGAGAUGCUCCGCUCCAUUGAAAGAAGGUGCUCUGAGGUGACAGAGCUGAUCAGAGCUCAGGAGAAGGCUGAGGUGAGUCGAGCUGAAGGACUCCUGAAGCGACUGGAGCAGGAGAUUGCUGAGCUGAAGAAGACAGAUGCUGAGAUGAAGCAGCUUUCACAGACACAGGAUCCCAUCCACUUCCUCAAGAACAUGGUGUCCAUGGCUGGUGAUCCAUGCAGUGAUGUGACCAGAAGGACCUUCAGCCAAAGCCACUUUUUUGAGCCCCUGAAGGAAUCUGUGUCUGCAAUGAAGAUGCAGCUGGAGGAGAAAUUAGAUUCAAUCUUCAAGCAGGAAAUAGUCAAGAUAUCUGCAGCAGCAAAUAAGGCACAGAUCAUAACAAAUACUGAUCCUGAACUCCCAGUCAGAAGAGCAGACAGUAAGGGUCUCCUGCCACCACACAAUACUGAUCCUGAACUUCCAGUCAGGAGAGAAGACAGCAGUGACCACCUGCCACUAAGCAGAAUCACGUGUCCCACGGGAAUUCCCGAAAAAUGUCAUCCUCUAGUCUACUGCUUCUAA